GGCGUAUCAAGCAGUUUAAAUACAAAGGAACAGAUGCUUCAUCCAAACCUUGUGAGGUCAGUCCAAAAGCACUGAAAUUUGGUGGACAAGCUGUUCAAAAUUGGAACCUUUUGAGACUUUUACCUCUCAUAAUUGGAGACAAAGUGCAGAACCCCCAAGAUGAUGUGUGGCAGUUAACUUUGCAACUAAAGGACAUUGUUGACCUAAUUUGUGCUCAGCAAAUUUCCAAGGCUCAGGUUACAUAUCUUGAUGCUCUCAUCCAAGAAUAUUUGGAAACCAGAAAGGCACUGUUUCCUAAUAUUAACUUGAGACCUAAACAUCAUUACUUACGACAUUAUCCAGGGCUAAUCCUAAAAUUUGGCCCUCUUAUCAGGCUUUGGACAAUGCGCUUUGAAAGCAAACACAGUUACUUCAAAAGAUGUACAAGGCAUCUGAAAAAUUUCAAAAACCUGUGCUUGACUCUUUCAGAGAG